AAUACUAAUUUCAAUUUCCCUUAUUUUCUCUCUUUCAGUUUAUUUUGCUCUCUUGAAUCCCAGUAGUUGGGGCCAAAACCCUAACACUCUGCAAAAUUGGAAUCAUCAAUCAGUUGGUAAUAUUUUUCAUCAGACAAGGAAAGCGAGGCAAGAUAUAUCGGAGAUUCAUAUAUGGUAGAAGGUCAUUAUCCUAUUCAGUUGUCAAACUUCGUCAAUUGGAUGAAUUGUUAGUGAAGGAAGAGGUUUUAUGGCAACAGAGAUCUCGAGUAGAUUGGCUCAAAUUUGGGGAUAGGAACCCUCGAUUAUUCUUCCAUGAAAGAUGUAGAUCUCGGAAUCGAAUGAAUGCAAAAUUCCUCGACUGAUGGAUGUCAACGCUGUCUGGCAAACUGACUCGACGGUAAUUGGUGAUACGUUCUCCAACUAUUUUUCUGCCUUAUUCUCUUCUUCUGGAGGAACGUAUUUUAGAGUAUAUUGAGCCUUGUGUUUCUGUUGAGAUGAAUAAUGAAUUGUUGGUCGCCUGUCUUCUUUGUUGUUAAUUUCUCCCCUUUCUUUUUUGAGAAUGAUCUUAAGAAUAAUGCGAGGAACAAACAAGAGUGAUUACAGUCAUCAGGUAUGUCAUGUGCCCCCUUCAACUCUUAAUAUGUUUUCAUUUUGGGAAAUUUUCUCCUCUGUUGCCGUGACUCAAAUUCUAGUUUCUAUUGGGAUCAUUGUCAAUUUUGUCAUCAUGAUUUUAUUAACUAAUCGGUAGACCCAAAUUUCUGAGCACUUCCUUUACUAAUCUUCAAUCCAAACUAAACACCUUGACUUUCUUGUGAUCUCAGCAAACACUUGGAUGUAAAAAUCAAUAAAUUAGACAUUGCAUAAUCCUGUAGUUCGUUCAUUGCACAUUGGUUGGUACAGUGUGUUGAAAUUUUCAGCUAGACCCACUUAAGCUUGUACAUUAUAUGUUUACUGCAGAACAAUGAUACUAGUAGCAUACACCAGAAUUUGACUUUGUUCAGAAAUGAGAUUUCUGUCAAGCUUCCUUUUCCGCUUUACUCUUUUCACUCUUUUCCCUUUCUGAGAUUUCCAUUUACUGUUGGAUCCGCCAUCUUCAUCUCAAAUUCAAGCUUCAUUGUUGCUGCAGUAGAAUUGGGGACCGGAAAAGAACUAAAUCUAGAGUCCAUGCUAGCAAUGGCUACCAGCAGGAAAGCCGCCAAAUCCCGACCAAGAAAAAUGAAAGCCGAUGAAGCCUCCUCGUCAUCUGACUCAUCCUCCUCAAAUCAUUGGAUUUAUGAGGUUUUUUUGAGCUUCAGGGGUGAAGACACGCGCAACAACUUCACGGGCCAUCUCUACCUGGCCUUAAAAGGAGGCUGGAAUCAAUGCUUUCAAUGACGACAAUGAACUGAAGAGGGGAGAGAUUAUAGAUGAGGAACUGGUGCAGGCAAUCAAAGGGUCCAAAAUCUGUGUCAUCGUCUUCUCAAGGAGGUAUGCAGAUUCCUGUUGGUGUCUUGAGGAGCUAGUGUAGAUCAUGGAGUGUAGAAGAACACUGGGAUAACUAGUCUUUCCAGUAUUCUAUGGUUCCUUCAGAUGUCCGGAAAGAGAGGGGUAGUUUUGCAGAGGCGUUUGAUUAGAAACAUGGAGACAAAGAUGAAGAUAAGGUCAAGAGGUGGAGAGCUGCUCUUACUGAAGCUGCAAAUUUGUCUGGCUGGGAUCUUAGAACCAAAGCUGAUGGGCAUGAAGGGAACUUUAUACGGAUGAUUAUUCAGGAGAUCUCUAAAUUUCUUAAUAAUACAGACUUAAAGUUGCAAAGGCUCUUUACAACAAAUUUCAUCAAAGCUUUGAAGCUUCAAGUUUCCUUCCUGAUGUCGGGGAAACUAUGCAAAACAAUGGUAUGGUUAGUUUGCAAGAAAGCCUUCUUUCUGAUAUCUCUAAAACAAGCAUGACCGAGGUAAGUCAUGUUGACAGAGGGAUCAGUGUGAUAAGCAAUAGACUCAGAUGCAGAAGGGUAUUCGUCGUAAUUGAUGAUGUCAACCAAGUGGAGCAAUUGAAGGCAUUAGCAAUAGACCGUGACUCAUUUGUUCUGGGAAGCAGAGUGCUGAUAACAACAAGAGAUGAACAUUUGCUAAAGCAACUUCCAGUGGAUUCUAUAUAUCAAGUUCAGGUGAUGGAUGAAGAAGAAUCUAUCAAACUCUUUAGUUUGCAUGCCUUUAAAACUUAUUGGCCCCCUAAUGAAGAAUAUCUUAAACUCUCAAGAAGGGUUGUUGAUUGCUGCGGAGGUUUGCCACUAGCUUUCAAAGUUCUGAGUUCUUUUUUAGUUCAAAGAAGCACAAAAUUUUGGGUGAGUGAAAUCAAGAAAUUGCAAACAAUUCCUCCACUCGAAGUUCAAGAAAAGCUCAAAAUAAGUUUUGAUGGGCUAAAUGAUGAUACAGAGAGGGUCAUAUUCCUUGAUAUAUCAUGUUUCCAUAUCGGGAAGGAGAUGGACCUUGUCAAACAAAUAUUGGAUAGUUGUGACCUUUUUCCAGAUUCAGGAAUUGAAGCCCUCAUUCAACGUUGCCUUGUAACUUUUAAUAAGAAAAACAAGCUGAUGAUGCAUGAUUUGCUUCGCGACAUGGGUAGAGCAAUUGUCGGUGAAAAAUGCCGUGACAGCUCUGGAAAAUGGAGCAGGGUGUGGCGCUCGGAAGAUUCAGUAGAGGUAUUGAGGGACGAAUCUGGAUCUGAUGAAAUUCAAGGACUCACUAUAGACAUGUGGAGCCUAAAUUUAGAGAAAAGGGCUGAAUUAAGGACAAGCAUUUGCUAAAAUGAAGAGACUCAGAUUUCUCAAACUCAGUCGUGUAGAGCUCACUGGAGGCUAUAUCUACCGGCAAGGUAGCAAUCUCAGAUACGUUUGGGAAGAUUCUGGGGUCCUUGCGAAAUUAAAGAUUCUUGAUCUCAGUUAUUCCUAUUCCUUAAAACAAUCACCAGACUUUUCAACUAUUCCAAAUCUCAAGGAGUUAGUCCUCGAAAGCUAUUGGCAAUUGGCAGAGGUUCACCAGUCCAUUGGAGGACUGAAAAGGCUUUCUUUGGUUAAUUUCAGGGGCUGUAAAAUUCUUGAGGAGCUUCCAAGAAGUUUCUAUAAUUUAAAAUCUAUAGUAACUCUUGUUCUUGAUGGCUGUAAAAGAUUUGAGAAAUUGGAUCAGGAAAUAGGGGACAUGACAUCGUUGUCUACUUUGCGUGCAAAUUGCACAGCACUACCGUCUUCCAUUGUGAGAUUAAAGAACCUGAAAUGUUUAUCUCUA